AGUAAAAUCUACUAAAGUCAUUAAUCCUCCACGCUGUUAGUAGCGUGUGUGUUUAACACUGGUGAGGGUGUAGAGUUUCACGUCCAGAUUAAACUAUGCAUUAUAGAGAUAAUAUACACGGUGGCAAGAAACACGGUGGCCGAAGAGUCUGAGGACCUGAGCCCGUCACUAAUUUGCUGGAAUUUUUGUAAGAGUUUUAUAUUUUGUAACAGAUCAAGACAAGCUUGCUCAGGUAAAAAGCACGGGAAAUCUCCAGCUGAUAUCUGGGUUAAAUGAGUAAUUUGUUUCUUUUCAUAUUUUUUUCGGAAAAUGGAACAUGCCUUUGAUAGUGCUCUCUAUCGCUCAUUCUCUGAAGGGUGUCAUACGCAUGCCAAGACUAACACGGUCACGUUAGUCACUACUACGAUGGCCACUCAGAGGUAAUUUCAAUCUUUACUUGCACCUGUAGAACAAAGAAGGGGCUCAAAGUUGUGUUCCCAAACCAUGCUCUCUAAAAUACACGUUACUGGCCCUGGCAAGAUGGCGGCGCCUGAGAAGUUACCGUUUCCGGAGAAACCAAGCCACAAAAAGUACAGGGCCGCCCUGAAGAAGGAGAAACGAAAGAAACGGCGGCAGGAACUCGCUCGACGGAGAGACUCGGGACUCUCCCAGAAGGAGGAGGAGGCUGCUUUUAUUGAAGAACAACACCCAGAAGAGGAGAUGCUGUCGGAGACCGAGAGGCAAAAAUUACACGAGGCGUGGCUGCUUCGGGAGCAGAAGGCACAAGAAGAAUUCCGAAUCAAGAAGGAAAAGGAAGAGGCAGCUAGAAAACGGCAGGAAGAACAGGAGAGAAAGUUGAAGGAAGAGUGGGAAGAGCAGCAGAGAAAGGAGAGAGGAGAGGAGGAGCAGCAGAAGCUCCAGGAGAAGAGAGAAAGGGAGGAAGCUAAGCAGAAGACGCUGGAGCAGGCUGAAAGCGAGUUGGGAAAUGGUGCCACAUGGCAGAACCCAGAACCACCCACGGCCUUAAGGAUAACGGAAAAAGAUCGAGCUAACUGUCCAUUCUACGGUAAAACAGGAGCGUGCAGAUUUGGAGACAGGUGUUUGCGUAAACACAAUUUCCCGUCGUCGAGUCCCACACUUCUGAUUAAAAGCAUGUUUACGACAUUUGGAAUGGAGCAGUGCAGACGGGAUGACUAUGACCCCGAUGCGAGCCUCGAGUACAGUGAAGAGGAAACCUACCAGCAAUUCCUGGACUUCUAUGAUGACGUGCUGCCCGAGUUCAGGAGCGUGGGGAAAGUGAUCCAGUUCAAGGUCAGCUGCAACUUCGAACCUCACCUGAGGGGCAACGUGUACGUUCAGUAUCAAUCGGAAGAAGAAUGCCAAGUGGCCCUUUCUCUGUUUAACGGACGAUGGUACGCAGGACGGCAGCUUCGGUGCGAAUUCUGCCCCGUGACCCGAUGGAAAAUGGCAAUUUGUGGCUUAUUUGAAAUACAACAAUGUCCAAGAGGAAAACACUGCAACUUUCUUCAUGUGUUCCGAAAUCCCAACAAUGAGUUUUGGGAAGCUAAUAGAGACAUCUUCCUGUCUCCAGAUCGGACUGGCUCCUCCUUUGGCAAUGGCUCGGACAGGAGAGAGAGGACGGGCCACCAGGACGAAUACUACUGGAGGCCCGGGAGGCGGAGAAGCCCUAGUCCAUCGCAUUCCUACGAGAGAAGCGGGGAAGCUGAGAGGAAAAGGAAAAGCAGUCACCGGGGGAAGAAGUCUCACAAACACACGUCAAAGAGUCGCGAGAGGCACAGUUCACGCAGUAGAGGAAGAAAAAGGGACCGCAGCCGGAUCCGCGGCAGCCGCAGCCAGAGUUCCUUCGGGUCCAGGAGUCCUGGCAGGAAGAGGUCAGGCAGCAGAGACAGAAGUACUCAGAGUCCCAAAUCCAAUUUUGUUCUUUAAAAAAAAAAAAAGAAAUACACCUUACACGUCUUGUAAUUUCUCUGAGGGAUCUUACUUCCUUGUUAAAGAAAUAAAUGUAGCCUUUGUAGCUAAGGACUCACCUUC